AUGGACGAGUACGCCUUAAUGUCCAGCUUGGACAAUCCGCAUAUUGCGAAGACCUAUGAGGUGUUUCAGGACAAGUCCUUCUACUACUUGGUGAAUGAGCCCUACUUCGGAGGCGACCUCACCAAAUUGGGGAAGAAUGCCUACCAGAAGGGCAUCAGGAUGAGCGAAAGCUGGUGGCGCGGCAUCUUCAAGCAAUGCAUGGAAGGGCUGUGCUACCUGCAUAGCCAGGGCGUGAUGCACUGUGACAUCAAGGACCAGGUCUAG